UAACCACAGCCUGCCUUCCACACAUGCACAUAUGUGCACACACACACACAUGAUGCAGUAUAUAUAUAUAACCACAAUGACGUGUGGUUUGAUUUUCUCGGAGAGCGAAUGAGAAAUAGAUAGAGAGAGAGAGCGAUUAAGCGAGAGGGAGGUGUCUGGCCCACUGGUUCCAUUCUCUUGGUUGAGGAGUUUCCAUUUGCACACACAGCCAUUUCCAAUGACCGAGGACAACUUUCCGUUUCCACAUUUUAAUUUAGGCAGCCGUAAACCGUCAACUCUCAGUCAAGGCUCACAGCUUUUACAGAUUUGCUCUGAUUCAAGAGUCACCGCGGUAACCGCCGCAUGCAACCUGCCUCGGAUGAAGCAGAGCUCUGAACGUCUGCGAAUGUGUGCCGUCCGUCUGCAUGGAGAACGCAAAGUGCUCGUUUUGCCCAGUCAGAGGUUAAGGCAAGAUGACAAGGGGUGUGAGCGGUAUGUCCGUGGAUGAGAAGUCUGAAGCUCCCAUGUACGUGUAUGAGUCGACGGUGCACUGUACCAACAUCCUGCUGGGUCUGAAUGAGCAGCGCAAGCAGGGCCUGCUCUGUGAUGUCACCGUGCUGGUGGAGGGGAAGGAGUUUCGCGCACACAGGGCUGUUUUGGCGGCCUGCAGCGAGUACUUCCUACAGGGGUUCGCCAGCCAAAAUGACAAUGAACUGGUUCUCAGCAUGCCAGAGGAGGUCAGUGCUCGGGGAUUCGCUCCAUUGUUGCAGUUUGCCUACACGGCUAAGCUGCUGCUCAGCAGAGAAAACAUCCAGGAGGUCAUCCGCUGUGCCGAAUUCCUGCGCAUGCACAACCUGGAGGACUCCUGCUUUCGCUUCCUGGAGGCUCAGCUGCGUAGCGAGGAGGACGGCCUGCUUCUCGGUCGCAAGGUGGAGUCUGAGAGCAAUCACGUAGAGGAUGAGAGCAUGCAACCUGAGGCGCUGACGACGGUGACGACUGCAGGGACGACGCCGUCAGGUUCUCCACGCUCUCGCAGUUGCACUGAGAACUCCUUACGGUGGCCAGACCACGAUCGGUUGGCAGCAACAGACGAUUUAGCCGACGGGCGGAUGGACUUUGAGCGGCAUGGCAACUCGGACCUGCCACGAUGCCCUAAGUACAGGAAGUACCAGUGGGCAUGCAACAAGCACAACAACGACGCCUCCUCACACACCAGUACCUCAGGUUUUCCAAGCACAUUCAAGGACAUGGGUAGGCCAGCCGUGAAGCAAAUCAAGCAGGAACCACGCAGUGAGGAAGAAUCUAUCUCAGUUUGCCUGUCAGAGGAUGAAGAGGAUAGAAGGGAAAGCGACGAUGUGGCUGAGAUGGAGCUGGAUGGUUCUAUAGCAGUGGACCAACCAAAGGGGAGCAGGCAAACUCUCUUCAAGAAGGACCUGGCUAGCACACCUCAGCAGCUAUUUGCUAACAGACUCGCCAGUGCCCAGGACAAAGGAACCACUCAGGAAGACCACAAAAAAGAUCACAGGCCAUCGCUUGCCAGUGAGCUUGGCAUGCCUGUGGCAUUCCCCAAAGAUGCCGAUGGUUUCCCGCCAGGGCUCUCGCUGAAGUCGGCCUCCUGUGACGGCGUGUGCAAGCAAGAGGUGGAGCUGGAUCGCCGCAGUGUCAUCUUUUCCUCAGGGGCCUGUGACCGACUGGGUACACCCACUCACUCUCAACCCAGCGGGAACUCAUUGGAGAAGGAGCUCUCAGAACCCAUGCCAAAGGGAUUGUGGGCCGGUGCCAGCCAGUCCCUCCCCAGCUCCCAAACGUACUCCUCCAGCACCACAGCCAGCGACCCGCCCCUGCUAUGCCGCCAAAGGCCCAACACCAGCUGCCCAGUGCCAAUCAAAGUAUGCCCACGAUCGCCUCCUUCAGAGACUCGCACCCGGACCUCAAGCUCCUGUUCGUCGUACUCCUACGCCGAGGACGGCAGUGGCGGCUCCCCCUGCAGCCUGCCACAGUUCGAGUUUUCGUCUUCACCUUGCCCCAACGUGACGCGGUGUCCCACCGGCAAUUCACAAGAGGCGGGCGCCGACACGGAUGCGAUAUUCGCACGGGUGCGGCCCAAGAUAAAGUGCGAGCAGUCCUACGGAACCAAUUCCAGUGACGAAUCGGGGUCCUUUUCCGAGGGAGACAGCGAAUCAUGUCACAUUCGGGAACAAGGCCCUGAGGUCAAGCUUCCUUUCCCCGUCGAUCAAAUCACGAAUCUUCCACGCAACGAUUUCCAAAUGAUGGUCAAAAUGCACAAGCUGACCUCAGAGCAGCUGGAGUUCAUCCACGACGUGCGCAGACGCAGCAAGAACCGCAUCGCUGCCCAGCGCUGUCGCAAGAGAAAACUCGAUUGCAUCCUCAACCUAGAGUGUGAAAUUCGCAAACUGGUAUGCGAGAAGGAAAAGCUCUUGACGGAGCGCAACCAGUUGAAGGCGUGCAUGGGAGAGUUAUGGGAGAAUUUCUCCUGCCUGUCCGAGGAGGUGUGUCGAGACGUGCAGCUGAGCCCAGAACAGGUCCAUCACUACUGCCCCAUCCUGCGUCCCGGCAACGCCACCUCAGCCAACCCCGGCAACCAGGCCACGCCUGCCGGCAGCAUCGACCUCACCAUUUGCUCCACCCCGGAACCGAGCUUCCUCAAAUCGAGCACCGCGACGGACGGGCAACCGCGACGGAGAUCCGCCAAGUGGAAGACGGGAAACGGGUCGGAAAAUGCAGCCGCUGAUAGGGAGGAGCGAGAGGCGGCCUCCGCCUACCUUGAGGCGGGGCUUUCCCUGGAACAGUCCAAUCAGACGGUGACAGUAGACUUCUGUCAGGAAAUGACAGAGAAGUGUACAACCGACGAACAGCCCAGAAAGGACUGUUAAUGACGGUGGAUUUCGUGUUUAUUUGUUCGUUUUAUGAUGUUUUUUUAUUAUUUAAUUUAGUGACAAACCCUCAAAACUCGAGGGCUGUGGAGAUGGCCAGCCUCUGCCAGUGUUUUUGUUGAAAUAUAUUUAUGUCUUUUAUUAUUUUUUUUUAAACAAAGGUUGACACUACAGUUGUCUUAACAGCAGCAAUACUGUUCUCCAGGUUCUCCCUUGUUCAGCUGUGGCAGAGUGGCUGAGACCUUUUUUCAACUUCAGUAUGGUGCUACACCUUUCCAUGACAGUGAAACACUGUCUGUUUCCUAUUACAGUCCAUUCAAAUGGGAUGGGCCCUGACCACAUCUCAAAUUCAGACCUCUAUGGACCUAGCAGCAGCUUUUUGCUCUCUCUCUCUCUCUCUCUCUCUCUCUCUCUCUCCCCUCCAUUCACUGUCCCCACCCUCUACCUCUAAACCUCCACCUUUCUAUCUUUUUGUGGCACUUGUCACAGUCGAUUCAAACUCAGGAAAUAUUCUGAAUGUUCAGUAUAACUCAUGAAAAAAAAACUAAUACAGAACACAGAUUCUGUAUACACAAAAGAUACGUUUUUUACAGCAGCUAGACUGUAUGUCCAUAUGCAAAAAUGUCUUCUGCAUCAUACGUUUGUAGUGUCUGUGUACCGCAACACUUAAUUUGUACAGACGGUGGUAUCUAGAAACAUUCCGACUUUGCCUUCCACAGCACUGAUACGAAAGUACGACAGACAGACGGACGAAUAAAGGAUGAUUCGGACCGUCGUGUCGGCCACCUUUUGCAUCAGCAAUACUGUACUAUUUGGAUGUUUUUGAGGAUAAAGUGCUUGCUUGGCAGAAAGUGUAUUGUAAAUACUAUGGAGCAUGGAGACGGUAAUAUUGUACAGGUAGAAAUGUAGGUGGUUUUUGUUGAUUUGUCUUUUUUUUUCUUUUUUUUUCUCUGGGGUUUGAUCAAGCACCUUUUGUCACGAAGGGAAAAUCUUUGCUGUUUCCUGUCUGAAACGAAUUCCCCAUGACAAUGGGUGCGCUUAAACUCAGGAAACUAGCAUCCUUACACCCAUGCAUCCACACCAUGCACAGACACACACACAACACAAACCCCCCCGCCCUCGUGCAGUGCAGAGCCCCUUGCAUGUUAUUUGGAUGUAAAUGGCGUGGAUGGUUUCGUGUGCAUAGUGACCUCACUUAUUCCCCGGUGAGCUAUUCUUCUUUAAAUGUGAAAUGAGAAACCCUAUUUCUUGUCAGUAUUUACAAAUGCGGCGCAUGGGCCAGUGCGCUCACAGACACCUCUCCGAACAGUUUCAGUGUUAUUUCAAACAAACCUUUCAGUCACUGGCCACAUACAGUGAUUUCCGAGGUAAACCGCUCGGAGGGGAACAGGAAGUGAUGAUGCGUUCAGUGAAAGAAAGUCACUUUUGCUCUUACCCUCUCUCUCUUUCGGCACUCUUUGACCGUUUAGCACUUCGAAAAGGGUCGAUUUCUGUUUCAGUACCCUUAAAAGUCUGAAAUCGGAGCACUUAACGCAGACACUUAAAAGUGUCUCUACAGGCAGAAUAUCCAAUACAUUUUUGUGAUAUUUCAAGGUUAUCUUCUAAAGAACUUUUUUUGGAAAUUCCUAGGUUUUUAAAUGGAUAGUUCACUGAUAAAAAAAAAACUAUUCUGUCAUAAUUUAUUCACCUUCAAGUUUCUGCAAACUUGUAUAAGUUUCUUUGUUCUGCUGAAUACUAUUUUGAAGAAUGUUUAUACAAUGCAAAAAAAAAAUUCAAGAAAAUAAUUCUUAAUAUUUUUCUGAAAACAAGACAAAAAUACUAUAGUGAUGAGCAAAACAACCCAAGAAAAUAAGUCUAGUUUUUAGACCAAAAAUAUCAAAUUUAAGUGAUUUUGUGCAUAAAACAAGCAAAAAAUCUGCCAAUUUUCUUGAAUUUAGUGUUUAAGCAAAAUGUUCAAGAUUUUUUUGCUUACCCUAUUGGCAGAUUUU